UUUUGAUUUCUUUUUACAUACGAAACUCUCCAUGUCCAAUCAACUCUAUUAACUGUCGCUCUGUGAAAGACAAUUUCAAAGAAAGGUUAUUAUGACAUAGCUAGCAAAGCGGCGCUAGCUUUCAAACACAGCACACGUAAGCGCAAGUAAGGUAAGGUAAGGUAAAAUCUUUAUUUAGACACGGUAUUUCCUUCAGGACUUAACAAUAUCAAAUUAAAUUAAUCUGACCACCUAACUAAUAAAUCACUAAUAACUACUGCCACGAGAGAAAUAAAAAAACCUGCUUUACAAGUAAGCCGUGUAUAAAAGCAAAAUAAAACUAUUCCACAGUACAGCUCCGCUGUAGGACAGACUUCUUUUACAAUAAUUAGUGCGGGGCUGUGGAAUGGCAAGCGAACAGUCACUAACUCUUAGGUUAUAGGUUAAGGUAUCGGAACGGAAGACAAAUUGCGCACUAAGAACUAAGUCAUAAUCCAUGGCGAACGCUCAUGACGUGGGAAAAGUUAACGUCGCUUCGUCAGAGAAAUUUUACGUCCAAUACAAAAGUAAAAAUCAAUUGCUUCAUGCUUUUAGUGUGUAUUAUCGAGUUAAGAUGCACUUGAGAAGUUUAGAGAGGACUGAAAAAGCUGGAGUACACUUCUGUUUCUUUGAUGCUCUCCAAAAUUUUCAUGUGCAUCAGAGCUCGAUGAUGCACGCUAAAGCAUGAAUCAAAUGUUAACUAUCCUUGCAUUUUUCGUUUCCUUUUAUCGGUUAAAAGGUGAUGCUCCUGGCUCGGUGCCUCAACCCAACAUUGCCUUUGCACCAUGUCACUCUGACUGCGACGGUAAGUGUGUCGACACGUGUCCUGACUACUGCUGUGUUAAAGGCGCAAUGAGCAAAACAAGUGGGCAAAGCCAACCUGCCCAAGUACCUCAGCUUCCUCGGGUACCUCAGGUUCAGCAACCAUCUGAAUUGCAGCAGACCUCUCCGUCAUGUCCAGCUCUCUGUUCCAAGGUCUGCCACCCAGACUGCCCUGUCCGCUGUUGUAAUGCUUCCCCUCCCUCGCUCUACGUCCCCAGUCCGCCUCCUGUUCCAACGUACUGCCCACAGGUCUGCUACAGCAUGUGUGUUAGUUCCUGUCCAGCGGACUGUUGUACAAGUACACAGCGAGGAGUUAACCGUGGCACACUGUCAUACUCUGUUAGCCUACCGUGUCCGACUAACUGCUAUCAUAGUUGCAGUGUUAACUGCCCUCUUCAAUGCUGCAAGGAAGCGAUGAAAAGAUACAGACCUAUGGCACAAGCUGUGAUGAAGACUUUAAUUGCUGGCAAUUACUUGAGGAUGCCUGGGCCGCGCACGGUUCCUGUUAUAGAUUCACAUCCACCUUCAUUACCGAACAUUAUGAUCCGCUCUAACUUACCAUGUCCAGAUAACUGUAAAAAAGUGUGCUCAUUGACGUGUUCCAAAGAAUGCUGUAGAAGACACAGCGGAAUGGGAAGCAUUAAACAACCAAUCCAGAAUACUGCUCGGCAAGAUUGUAAAACUGGCGUCACUACAGUGGGUGGAAACGCUCAGGGUGCCUGUUGUAAGUUUCCCUUUAUUUAUAAGGGAGCGGUUUACUGGAGAUGCACAGCUCAAAACGAAGUCAGGAGAUGGUGUUCGGUCACUAAAGUGUUUGAACUGGACAGAAGAUGGGGCUACUGUCCCUGAACGCUCUGAUGUGAAAGUGCUCUUCUAAUCCUUGGAUUGUCGCGGCUUUUGGGUGCUAAAAAUGCUGCAUUGCAUAAUUAAAAGAUCGUGAUUAGAUGAAACAAUUGCUUCCACUGAGGAACGGUAAACGAGGAACGCGCGUCUAUCGAUCAAGAUGAAGAGACACACAUAUUCCCUACUAGGAACACUUUUUACGAAACAGUUCACUUUUUUAUCUCAACAGAUAACAACUAACGGUUUUCAGAACCAGUUGGAUCUGUCAUUCCAAAGUUGGACAAAUCGUUAGCACAAUGCAAAGUUUUUUUUCUCGAAGUUUUCAUAAUUUUGCAAUUAUUCAUCAAAUAACAUAUAAUAAAACACUCUUUUUAUA